AUGGACGCCCUGGACCCUCCAGUCAAGGACGGGAUCCUCUUCCAACAGCAGAUCAAGUUCGGCAAGAAAUUCUGGCGGAGGCUGUGGGCUCAUCUGUAUGCUGGGGGGCCCUUGGGAGUGGCCCGACUGGAGACCUGGGAGAUGCGAGAUGGAGGCCCAGCAGGAAGCCCAGGUGAGCGGGGUGUAGGGCCCUGCCGGCGGGGAGAGCGUCGGGUGAUCCGCCUGGCGGACUGUGUGUCAGUGCUGCCCACCGAAGGUGAGAGCUGCCCAAGGGACACCAGCGCCUUCCUGCUGAGCACCACGGAGCGAAGCCACCUGCUGGCAGCCCAGCACCGGCACGAGUGGCUGGAUGCCAUCUGCCAGCUGGCCUUCCCGGGCACAGGAGAGUGUCCCUCAGGCUCCAAGGAAGUGGAGUCCCCCCAGAGAGGCCUGGUACACAUGGAGGAGAAUUCCAUCUACUCUUCGUUGACAGAAGUGGAUGAGUUUCCAGUGGUGGUGCAAAGGACAGAGGCUGCGGCCCGCUGCCAGCUCAAGGGCACAUACAUCCUGCGGCUGAGCCAUGAGGGCAUCCAGCUGAGCCUGCCGGGAUGCGCCUUGGCACUUUAUUCGUGGCCCUAUCACUUCCUGCGCAAAUUCGGCUCCUACCAGGGCGUGUUCUCCUUCGAGGCCGGCCGGCGCUGCGACUCCGGGGAGGGCGUCUUCGCCUUCGGGAGCGCCCGCGCCCAGGACCUGUGCCAGGCGGUCGCCGCGGCCAUCGCGCGCCAGCGGGACCAGCUGCCCGACGGCCCCGGCGCCCGGCCCGUGCCGCUGCCGCGCGCCGCCUCCCUCCCGUCGCUGGACGCCCCGGGGGAGCUCCGCGAGGCGCCGCCCGCCGCCCCGCAGUGCGCCCCGCUGCCCGCCGACCCGGGCCCCCGGAGCCUGCCGCUGCUGCUGGGCCCCGCGCCCCCGGACGAGCCGGCGGCCGGGCUGUACGCCACGGUGCACAAGGGCGCCGCCGACCCGCUCUACGAGAACCUGCAGGGCCUGGAGGGCUCCCACGGCCGCGCGGCGCCCGCCAGCCCCGGCUCCCUCUGCCACGGCCGCGCCGGCGAGGCGCCCAGCUGGCCCGGCCCGGGCCCCGACGCCGGCCUGGAGGCGCAGUACCGGCGGCUGCUGGAGCAGGAGCUGGCGGACGACGACGGCGACGAGGCGGCCGCGGCGGGGCGGCUCGGCCUGCACAGCGGCUUCAAGGCCAAGCUGGUGACGCUGCUGAGCCGCGAGCGCCGCAAAGGGCCGCCCUGA